UGUGAAUGACUCCUAGAUUCGACUCUUUGAUUUGAUUCGAAACACCGCGUGUUCGGUGGAAGACCAGCAUCUGCUUCCUGAUUAAUAUUAAAAACAGAUUAAAAGAUCCAUGAUGGCAGGAUGCAUCAAUCAAGCCAAUGUCAAGUUCUCUAACAUGUUCCGUACAGGAAGUGGCGUGUACAGAGAUCUGAACCAGGAUCAGGAUCAGGAUCAGGAUCAGAUUGUUGACGGUCACGAGAUCUCUGUGGAGCUGAAGUCCUCGGCCGACGGAGAUGAGGAAGUGGCCAGAUCUUUCGCUCAGACUCUGCAGAAAUCAAACGGCAGGAAGUGGAGCAACGUGGUGAAGAUUACUGUCCUCGUUAUCUUUAUCUUUAUCGCUGGGUACCUUGUCGGUUAUGUGACGAACCGUAAGCCUGGUGUCAGCGUGAACACUACGGUCUCUACGAUGCCGCUGCCGGCGAUUUCGAGCCACGUUACUGAGGACGCCGAAAACAAGGACGAGGAGGCGGAGUCUAAGCAAGAAGUCUACGAACCCGCUCAGCUCUUUGCGGACUGGAGCAGCGUCACGGUGGCCCUGAGGGAGAAUCUCACUACUAAAGCCCUGGACAAAACCUUGCAAGAGUUUUCCUCUGAUGACCAUCAGGCUGGCAGUGCUGGUGAUUACACACUGGGCCAGAAGGUACUGGAGAAGUUCAGGAGUUUUGGGAUGGAGCUGUGGAGGGACGUGCACUACGUGAAGCUGCAGGUGCCAUCAGGGGAGAACAAGGUGCUGAUGGGAUCUGAGGAGAUCGGAAGCCCAAAGGGGUAUUUAGCCUACAGCGCAACAGGAACCAAACAGGGAAAGGUGGUGUAUGCUAACUAUGGCCGAAAAGAAGAUCUGGAGAACCUUAAGAACCAAGGAUUGGACCUGAAGGAGAAGAUCGCUCUGAUCAGAGCUGGAAAUCUCAGCCUGGCAGAGAAGGUAGCGAAUGCGGCCCGGUUCGGAUUAGCUGCGGUUCUGAUUUAUCAGGAGCCGAAAAACGAGGAAGAAGUCAACACUGAGCUCUACGGCCAGGUUCAUCUCGGAACAGGAGAUCCUUACACCCCGGGGUUUCCUUCCUUCAACCACACCCAGUUCCCUCCUUCUGAAUCCUCAGGUCUUCCUAAGAUCCUGGCUCAGACCAUCACUGCAGAAAUGGCCUGCAAAAUCCACAUGAAGAUGGGAGGAAAGGAUGCACCUACAGAUUUCACUGGACUGCUGCCAGGCAUCGGUAAAUACAGUCUGGGAGGAGAGAUGGACGUCACUGUGACGGUUAAGAGCGCCCUCGCCGACACGGAGAUUUUGAACGCCUUUGGAGUCAUUAAGGGCUUCAUCGAUCCAGAUCGCUACGUGGUGCUCGGCGCUCAGAGAGAUGCGUUCGGCCAGGGAUUCGCCAAGUCCACCGUCGGCACGUCACUGCUGGUGGAGCUCGCCAGGGCCAUCACCAACAUGGUGAAAGGUGGUUUUAGGCCGAGGAGGAGCAUCGUGUUCGCCAGCUGGAGUGCCGGAGAUUUCGGUAGCGUGGGUGCUACAGAGUGGCUGGAGGGUUAUCUCUCCUCACUGAACCUCCGAGCCUUCACCUACAUCAGCCUGGACGCCACUGUGUCCGGUGUAAAGCAGUUCAAAGCCUCCUCCAGUCCACUGUUACAGAAACUCCUGAAGAACACAAUGGAUGAGGUCAAGAGUCCUCAAAACAUGAACUUCACCAUCUCACAGGCCUUUGCUUCCUCAGUCUGGACCAAAUCAGUUCUGGAGCCCAUGAAGAUGGAGGACGGAGCCUAUCCUUUUCUGGCCUUCUCUGGAAUUCCCUCCAUCUCCUUCCGCUUCGUCUCAGACAGAAUUGCUUCAGACUAUCCGUAUUUUGGAACAUCUCUGGACACCAGAAAAAGUCUUUACCAGGCCACCGAGGGGAAGCUGCUGGACGUCGCCGUGUCCGCGGCUCAGAUGGCGGGACAGAUGGCGCUGCGGCUGGUCCACGAUCACAUCCUCAAUCUGGACGUUAGCGAAUACAAGCGUGUCCUUAUGAAAAACAUCAACAAGAUCACCGGACAGAUCAGAAAUGUUAAAACACUCAGUGCCAAUUCGUCCUCAGUCCUGGAAAACAAGUGGCUGUUCUCUGCGGUUGGUUCCUACUCUCGCGCCGUUUUAGAUCUGAACAAUGAAAUAACCAACAGUGACCUGGACGUCGCAGAGACGUGCCGCAACAUCAACGACCGCAUCAUGAGGGUGGAGCACAACCUCCUGUCUCCGUACGUCUCCCCGAGAGACGUCCCGUUCCGUCACAUCAUCUUCGGUUCCGGCGAUUACAGCGUCAGCACGCUGCUCCAGCACCUCGCUGACCUCAAACAGCAGGCCGAGGGUUCUGACGCCGAUCUCUUCCGGAACCAGUUUGCACUCAUCACCUGGACCAUCCAGAGCUGCGCCAACGACCUAGCAGGAGACAUCUGGACUCUGGAAAACCUCAUCUGAUCCCCAGAGGCUCAGCGCCAGACCCGGUCCGAUCCAACAGCACAUUUAAAUCUCAGUAACGAUCAACCGGUACAUUUAAUAAAAACUCCUCCCCCACAUCAUUAUUACAGUUUUGGCUAAUAAUCUAAUGCUAACGUUAUUCAUCAGAUUAUCACCCCACAUGUGCAUGCGAGUUUAAUGGAUAAUCAUUUAGUGCUGGGUGAAAAGAUACGACAGCAAAAUUACGAUAAAAAUCCCAACGAUUACCUCAUCCAUACUGCAGAGUCUAUCAUCAGCUGCUUUUACAUCACACUGAAACAAGCAAAAAGAUCCAACCUGAUCUACGAAUUAUACUUUUCUUAUUUUUAUAUUGUGAUUUUGUUUUGUUUGGUUGGUUUUUUUGUUUUUUUACUGUUUAGGAUGUUUAUUCUGCGUGAUUAUUCUGAACGUAUUGCAGUAUAUUUGUCGUCGUAUCGCCCGGCUUUAACAUCACUUAUUUAUUUAGGUUAUUACUGAAUCCUGCUGAAGUCGUAUGAUAACAAGCUCAUCGUUUUGGAUAAUCCGAUCAUUUAAUACUCGGCAGGAAUUCGGGUGAAUCAGGUGAAUAUAUCCUGCUGAAGCACACGGUUCGGAACACGUGCACUCGUUUCUCAGGUUCUGACUUGGUGUGUGGUUUUGAUCUAACCCUCAGCAUCGUCUCAACUUGCCUCGUGUCCAGACGGGUCAGAAUUAGAAGCUAAUCGGAUAUUUAAUUCUGCUUCAUUCACUUGCACUUAAUCGAGAUUCCAAUCUAAAUCCCUGGCAGGGAAAAAUGCUGCUUUUGGAUCAUCUGGUUUAUUUUUUUGACCUGUUUUUGCACGAAGAGAAAUGUGUUUGUCCGUUAUUAUUUAUUUAUCAGUGACAGUGUUCACUAUAAAUGUGUGUUUUGUACUGUUUUUUUUUUUUUUUUUUUUACAUUAUCGGAAGCAGUGUCUUCCAUAAUAGCGACGGUUAUACUGUCAGUUUAUUAAAGCAGCAUCUGCUCUGAGGAAUACAUCUUACCCGACAAGCCGUCAGCAGAAAUCGGCACGCUCGCGCCUGAUCCAAACCCCUGGAGGAACUCGGCUGCAGUUAAAAUGUUUAGUAAAAGUUUAAUGGUCAAAAUAUUCAGACAUUUGGUGAUGCAUAACAAAUUUAUUACAAAAUUUCAGUGGAAAGAGUCGAGGAGUGUUGCUGAUCUAACAAACUUUCAGCCGCUCUCUCUCUCUUGAGAUAUCGCUCAAACUCUCAAAUUCUCAGACCGGAGCAUCAACACGACUCCACAACAAACUGUAAUGAUGACCAUCAUGCUGCCGUGAGAAUGACCACAUCACCGCCUUGAUUUAGCGAUGGUGGCCGUCACAGCCGAAGGUGUGGCGAUUUCUGUGACGAAGCUUGUUUUUUGGUUUAUUUUGGAACGUAUUUCUCAUUCUGAAACAUUAUCGGGAGCAGUGUCUUCCAUAAUGCACUGUGUUGAAGGUAGUUUUUGUCUACCGGUGUGUAUUUAUCGGGGGCAGUGUCCCUCAUAUUUCACUGUAGGGUGGAGUCAAUUAUCGGGAACAGUGUUUCCCAUAGUUUUUUACAUAUUUAUGUUCUGUAUUUGUGGGACUUCUUUUUCUUCUGUUAUUGGGCUUUGUGUGUGUGUGUGUGUGUGUGUGUGUGUGUGUGUGUGUGUGUGUGUGUGUGUGUGUGUGUGUGUGAGUGAAUCUCAGAGUUUCUCCUGUGGCACUUUUUCACUAGAUCAUUUUCAAACUAAAUGCAAAGAAUGUUAUUGAAUCGAAUCAAAUCCAAGAAGAACGAACUGAUUAACAUUUCAAACCUUUACAGUUCGGACACAAGUGACCACUAGGAGAAACGUCUACAUGGAUAUUUACGUUUAGUGGCUGUGGCUUUUUAGUUUCUAAGCUUUAGCUUACUGAAGUUUAAGUGUGCUUUCACACCCUGUUAAUCCGUGAGUCGAGUCUGAAUCAGAGUGAAAUUGAUUCUUGAUUUCUUUUCAAUUUGUUUUCAUACUAAACAUCGUUCAAUGAAUAAAAAAAAUCAUUGUCCCCAGAUGUACGUUAGGCUGAAAGCUUGAUAAACUCCCCUGAGCAUGAUGAUGACGAGGAGAUAAUGAAAUAAAUGACUAGUGUAAGAUAUUUUGAAUGGAUUUCCUGCAGAUCUCCAGAGCAGGUUUCUGCAGUCCUACAGCUCUGUCCUGUUCUGUUUCACUGCUCACAAAAAUCUACAAAAACCCAGCUCAGAACACAUGGCAGGAUUGAUUCACUUCCUGCUGCUGAGUCGAUUCAGAGUCAAAUCACUUUUGAAUCACUGCAGUAGAGUUGAGAUGGAGAACACGAACUGCUGCAGAUGUGAAAGCACACUUUAUCUAGAACUUCAUUUCAGUGACUGUAGAAGAAAGCUUCAGAAACAUUUCUGUUCUGCUUUAUGGAUUUCAGCUGGAUCUUUCAGGAAGAACUGAAUCUCUUACUGAAUAUCUCUUUAUCUCUCUCUUCUACUCGCACUCUCUCUCGCUCUCUCUCUGUCCCUGUCUCUAUCUCUCACUCCCCCCCCCCUUGCUCUCUCACUCGCUCUCUCACACACCCCCCCCUCUCUCUCUCACGCUCUCCCUCACUCUCACUCAUUGGCUCUUGCUCUCUCUCUCUCGCUCUCUAUCUUUCUUCAGAUCAGUACUAAGGAACGUUUUUUGAGUUUAUUUGCAUGCAUUGGGAAAUUCAUGUUGGAGUGGUCAGUCGUCUCUUCACACUGUUAAUAAAACACACUGACUUCCAGAAAGGACAGAAAUGAUGAAAUGUUGCACUUCUUUGCUUAUUGAUGUUAAAAUCCAACAUCUUAGUGUAAGGUCAGAAGUGAGAUGAGUAAAGGAGUCUCCGGUCAGUGAGCCGUUAGGAAGUGUGUGUGUUCUGCUCGAAAGGUUGUAGAGCUUUACAGAGAACCCUGAGGGGUUUUGUCCGAGGCUCGGUCACUGCAGGCUAAUGACUGCAUCAAGCUUGUGGAUGAAUUUCAAAUGUUUUGGUCUGAUUUUUUUGAAUGUUUUUUUUCCGUCCAAUAAACUUCUUAUGCUUA